AUUGUGACGAGGUGUCACCGGAUUGUGCGUAUAAAAUGCCUUAUAAACCCUUCACACACAAUUUUACUGACAAGACAGCCGAUUAGGGUUUCUCGAUCUCUUUCUCCUCUCCCCUCGUAGCCGCUGUGAAUUUAAAGUUCAUCUUGAAGGAGCGAAAACAUGGGACAUGCAAAUGUGUGGAAUUCGCACCCUAAACAGUAUGGUCCUGGAUCUCGUACUUGUCGAGUAUGUGGCAAUCCCCAUGCAUUACUCAGGAAGUAUGGCCUUAUGUGCUGCAGGCAGUGCUUUCACAGCAAUGCUAAGGAAAUCGGGUUUAUUAAGGUGACGUGCCCACUCCAAAGUACUCGAGAUCCAUCAAACCCCCAGCGACCAGCAUUCAAUUCUCUUCACACUCUGGUGUCUGCAAGACUGCAACACAACACAUAUCCCUCCACUGAAGAUGCAGGAGUUAAGAAGGAAGGACAAGAGAUAAGAAGACAGCCAGAGAGAGAGACGGCACCCAUAUGUGUUCUCUGAUUCCAUUUAAUGCAAAAUAAACUGGCUGUUUUCUUUCCAUUUUUUUAUUAAAAAUCGGGAAGCAGUAAUGGGUAUAGCAGCAGUGUCUCUCUGUUCAUUCAUUUCCACAACAAUACUUCAACAUAGUUUUCUAGUGAAAGAAAAAAGAUGGGUUGAGCUACAACAAGAAAGGGUUUAAAAAAAAUAAUCAUUUCAAUUUCAAUCUGCUUACGUCUGAGGAAUUGGUGUUUCAUGUUAUUGGCAAGAGCUGUUCGUUUAUGUUUAAAAUGCUGAAGGGUUUCGGAUUUUGGAUUCUGUUCUUGGUGGUAGGAACAAUUUUCAUGUUCCAUUCUUUCAGUACCCACACUGAAACUGGUAGAUCAUCAUUUCCUGAUGUUAUCUUUGCUGGCUGCGAGAUUGGUAACAUGGUAACUACCCAUAACAGGAAACUCAAGGAAGCAAUCAAAAGCUACAAACAAAAUAGUAACGCGAAGAAGAGUGCAACUUCAACCAGUUUUAAUAUGGAGGAUUACCCUAGGAUUGAUCCAGCUCCAAGUUCAAAAGCCAACAUACAUGCUGGACCAAUCGAGCAUGGAUCUCCUCUUAUGCCAUAUAUUCCAAAGCCGACUCCUCCAAGUCCAAUUCACCCCAAACACAAUGGUACCGGCUCUCCCCUUAGCCCUAAUAAUAACCACCAGUAAGUCGUUCCUACGCUCUUAUGAGUUAUGUUUGUUGUUAUAUAUGGAUAAGCCAAAAUGGAACGCCAAUAAUAACAUUAGAAUGUCUGUGGAAGACAUUCAAGUUAAGUUUUUUGUCAAGUAUGUAAUGGUAUGACCUAAAGAUGUCUAUCGACUUGCGUCAGUUCUUGAAUCAUGUUUGUAUUAAGAAAAUUCGUCAUAUUUCCUGUAACUAUUUAGUUUG